AUGUAUGUAAAGAAGGAUUUAAUCCAAAUCGUCAAGCAACUGAUCCGAGAUGCUGGUGGAAGCUAUCAUCGGGUUAAUCCUAGUGCUGCUGCUGUUGUUCUACUUGAGGGAUGUAUCAGAUCCCCUGGAUGUUUUGCCAGGACCGCCCAAGCUGCCAAUCAUUGGAAACGUUCACCAAAUGAUGCAACUUCAAAACGAUAA